GGACUGUAAAAUAUAUCUUCGGAGUCCCACGCAAUUUGGCGACGGCGGAGACAGCGGAAAACGGUCAGCUCUAUCGUCUUCACGAUCAAAACUCGACGUGAGACUUUUCUACGUGAAGACAGAAGUGCGGUCCAAGUGGACGUGUCGCGUGCUUGCACGAAAUUAUCAAAGAUUUAUCGUCGAUUUGAUAAUCGUGAUGUUGUCAAGAUGAUAUGAAUGGUGCAGUGGUGAUCGAUUCAAUUAGCGGAAGUGAAUCAUUUUUCGCGAUUCGUUGCAUAAUUGGCACUUCCGAAUUAAUAUACGGGAAAAUAUUGGCAUGUUACAAGAUUUUGGCGAUUUAAUAAUAUCAAUCUAACAAACUCAAGAUUUAAUAAUACUUAUAAUAAUUAAAUUAUUUAAAUUUAGUGUAUACGUUCGAUCUAGAACGAAUGUGAGUUCGUUCCGGCGAGUAUAAGGAAAAUCUAGGUUGUGUCUUUGAAGCUGUUCAGUAUGCGGUUGUAUCAGAAGAAGGAUUUAAUCUGACUGGAUGCGACAAAGGAUGACAGGUGGAACCUGUCACUAAUACAUUCGAAAAAGAUUUCUACGAGCAGCCCGCGAGGAUGCAUCGAGUCCUCAGCUUUCAAAUGACUCGCAAUAUCGGCGAGUCCAGCGAAUACGUGACGAAACGGUUGUGUUUCUCGUUUCUCUUCUCGGUCGGCUUCCUGUGCCUCCUCUGCGGCUUUCUGCUGGGCCGAUUCACCGUCGAGAGAUCGCUAGAGGCUCAGGCGCAGAAGGCGCGCGGCGAACUGGCCGGGAAUGGUCUCCGGAACACGGAACAUCUUCAGCAGCUGGCGCUCCUGGAAUUGGAAAGGGCGCCGUUCGACUACGAUCGCACGACAAAUAGACAGACGUUGGAUGAGGAUAUGCGACGCAUCAAUGGGCUCUUUUCCAACUUGUCACUCAUUCACAAAGUCUCCAACCAUGCAUCGUGCAUUCGCGCGACUGUUCGCGGCUCGCGGGAACCAGAUAGAUAUGUUAUUCUGUCCGUUAAUGAAGACGGUAUCGCAGUAGCUCUGGAAUUGGCGCGAGUCCUGGAUAAAAUUUAUUCGACGCACGGUUGGCGACCACGACGAAGCCUAAUUUUCUGCGUGUCUCUUGUAUCCUCGGACGUUUGCCCACAGGCUCUACCUACGUUUAUGUGGCGAAAGGCCGUGGCUUACGCGACGGUCCACGGUCGUUUCAUACGAGCUAACAGUCACGUGGCUUUGUCCGGCUCGGACAUCAUGCGGUCCGUAGCUGUCGAAGCUAUCAAGACAAUCCCCGGCGAUAGUAACUGGUCAUACCUCGAGCACGAAGUAUCCGGUCCUCGCCUGUCUCUGGAUAUUCCGCAAGUGAUGUUUUCGUUCAAUGAUAAUAGCCCUGCACGCAGUCAUUACAAUCAAAAUUCUCGACUGCACGAUGUAACUCUGACGCAGAUGGUUAGCCAAACUAUGUGGCGACUGUCUGAAAGUACAGUUAUUCAAUGGGAACCGAAAUAUCUUAACGAAACCGUUAAUGAAAUACUGGAGUCUAUCGAUCUCAAUAGAUUUCAAGACGUGAAAGAGAAUCUGAAGAGAACGUUGAAAAUAUUACUUACAGCCAUAAAAGAUUUCAAUGCAGAAAUCAAUGCGACAGAUAAUACCCAGAUGCUGCACGUGAGAAUAUGGAACGAUCUGCUUUUGGAUUUAGACAAGGCGCUUCUGUGUCCCGACGAAACCGAUUCGCAUUCCAGAACCGAUCUAGCGACGUUUCGCAAGCUAUCGCGCGAAUCUACCAUAUUAGACUAUCUCGAGCAGAUGACGAAAUGUUACGAGGACGCUAUACAAAUUCUGCAGGAAAGAUAAGACGAUAAGGAGAAACUCUCGAAGAAAGAGAACUUCGAAAAAUAUAUCAACCAUAGAUAUUAAUUGUUACAAAACACAUACUUCCUGAUAUUGACAAUAUACUUUUUGUUAUUUUCUCAGUCUCACGAUCA